AUCGUUUUCUGCUCUUCACUCAGCACAUGUGUGUUUGUUGACGAAAGCGUGGACUACACGGUCCGUACUAGUGAUUUGGCCAGGUUACUUUUAACUUUCGAAAAGCAAAAGUCAAGAUUUUGUCCACGAAUCUAGUAAUAGCUAAAAAAACUAAAAGAUACAAGAUCCAAAUUCCUACGUUAUUUUUCUGUCAAGAAGAGGUUUAGGAUCACGGAGUGCCGUCUCGUUUGCCUUGGGAAUCAGAUAUCAUUUGUGAACUUUCACAUUUUACACACAAAAGAAAAUGGGCAAGGUCCGAAGACUUCGCAAGAAGUACCACCUAGCCUGUCAAAAGGCAGAUAAUGCAGAAACAGACAGCUCAACUCCUAUUGUACCAGUUGUCCAGUCUGUGCCAGGAAGGCUUGAGGUGCCAGUGAAAUUGAAUAGUGACGCAAAUAUUUUUGCUGGUCUCACCAUAUCUCUAUCUGAUCUCAAGCAAACAUUAUUACCACAACCAACAACUGCAGUGCUAGGCUCUGUCAGUGAAGCUUCUGUCGUUGGGAGCCAAAAAGCUCAGUCAAAAAAACCUGCGCUGAAAAAGGAUAGGCGACUUGUCCGAAGAGAGGAGCUUCUCAAAAAACUUGAAGUGUCAAGACAAGCUGUCAAAGCUGCCAAAAAACCACGAGUUCCCAAGCAGCCCAAACCCAUGUCGGUGCUGUCUUUGAUGGAUGCGCUAUCUUCACUCACUGCUAGUAAUAAAGAGAAGAAAACCUCAACAAAAUCAAGUCAAAGUGGUAGUAGUGGUAGUAGUGGUAGUAAGGUGCAGCGUGUGCGAGGAAAUUCUUCUAAGCAGAAACGAAAGCAGCUCAUAGAUAAUAUGAAAGCCUACAAAAAUGUCCUCUCUAACAAGCAUUACAAGACUGAUCCUUUCUCCGCUAUCUCCAAUUAUCUUCAAAAGACAGUAGCUCAAAAUAGUUCAUGGCAAGCAAAAUAAGCGAAGAGAAGAAAUGUUUGAUCAUAGGCUAUUACUGUUAAAGUGCUGUUUGUACCUAUGAAAUAAUAUGCAUAUGUACAGUGUCAGAGGCAAUCUUACUAAUUAGAAAUAAAAAUAAACCAUUAUCUUUACAACAAAA